AGAUGUUGCCAUUCAUACAGAGUAGCUGUGCAGUGUAUCAUGGGAAGGUGUGGUGUGCUGGGUUUAUGCCUGCAUGGCCAUCGGUCUACCUGGACAGAAACUCCAAUAAUAAAUAAGCACAGAGAAAAUUGAUGGAUGCACAUUAACUACAUAUAAUGAGUUGAUAUGGAGAUGAUCGAUGCUAUUCCAUACCGCUGUCCUUGGUGCGGUGGGGACCGGACGUUUUUCUCAUUAACUCAGCUAAAAACCCACCUCUCAGAGGAACAUGCCUACUUAUCUGGUUCCCGUUCACGAAUUAAAGUCUUUAAAAAUAUACCAAGCAGACCCAAGAAUCGGUCUUCUGCAUUAUUACAGAGUCUUAAUGAAGACAGUCUGAGGCUAGAGAAGCAGCUGAGAGACGCCAAGGACUCAGAGAUGAAUAACAAAGUACAGACAUACAAACCGUACCAAGAAUUUACAGCACCUUCCUCUUUUGUCCCCACUUCUAGCAGUCCUGUGUACGUUCCUGUUCUCCCAUUCCAUGACAGUCACAUCAAGAAAUCUCUGGAUUCUCUCAGUGAGAAGUUGUGCGUCUCUCGCAGCGGUCAGUGGCGAAGUGAGGAUAUGUUGUACAAGACAGGCAAUGUCCUGUCUGGACUCCAGACGUCUGCUGACUUCCACCAUGUGGAACAGCGUCACCAGGCUGAUGAGCUGGUUGCCAGGCUGGCAGCAAAAGAGGAGGAGUUAACAAUCCUUCAUCACGACUUCGACAGACUUAGAGAGGAGAAAUCGGAAGUGAAUGUUAAUAAACCAGAAAGUGAUGAGAAGAAAAUGGUUGAGAAGAGUGUCCAGUUUAACCAUGAACGUGACACAAAAGAAAGUCAGUUGAAUAGAAAGUAUGAUCAUGUGGGGAAUAUCCAGCUACAGGACAUGGAGAAAGUUAUGGGAAACCCUGACAGUGAGGACACGUCAUGCUGGUACAUGUAUAGAGGUAAGCAGAACUCUGCCACUGACCCUCAACGUCAGGGUCAAGAGCCAGAGAGAAUGAACAGUCAGGUGAUGCAGACACAAAACCAUGCCUUGAGAAAACUACAGAACAAGGACAGACAACUGGCCAAGGCAAGGGUGAGAUUGGAGAAACUGGAACAAGAUCGGGAGGUGCUGCUGCAUCUGAUGAAGGAACUCUUGUCAAAGGAACACGCUGACAACAAGCAGCUGAGAAAAGAGUUGAGAAUAAAGGAGGAGGAGCUCAGGAGACUAAACUCCGAGAUAAACAGUGCGAAGGUAAACCACAAAGAACUGUUGGUGGAGACCUAUGAGCUAUACAAAGAAGCCGACAGGAACCUUGUGAAGCUCAGAGAAAUGCUCACACUGAAAGACAGCCAGCUGAAAGUGACCAAUGAGAAGCUAGUUCAGUUUGAAUCGUCCAAUGGGCAGCUUAAGUUUGAGUGCCAGACGAGGGAGCAGCAGGCGGGGGAGAUUGCGGCGGUGAUGAGGCAGACUCUGAGGAACCUGCAGGACCAGCUGACCAGCGUCCACUCGAAACUGACCGCCGAGACUCGCAGCAAGGUCCAACUGUCGGCCGACUUGGCCGCCAUUGAGGAAGAGCUGAGGCAGAAGGGUAAGACGGAGGCGGAGCUUACACAGGAGCUCACAGCAAAGGAACAGGAGCUCACAGAGGCCAAGAGGAGCCUGGCGUCUCUGCAAUGUUUUCUCGACGUGGCUACCAGGAAGGAGACGAUGGCGCGGGAGGAGCUGAAGACGUUCAUCAGUGAACUGAUCGACCGUGUGGAGCGCGCCGAGAGAGAAACCCGCACUCUCAAGAAAAGCCUGGCCAGCAGGCGGGACAGAGCCACUGACGACUCCCUACAGGACAGUGUGAUUGGCAACAUACCAGUGACAGUUUAUCAGAAUCUAACACAGUCCGGUCUUUCACAGUCCGGUCUUUCAGCCAGAUUGAGCACAGCACAGUCAGGUGAUGAGAAUGUGGCAAAUCCUGUUCAGACUUGGACCUCUACCUCAGGUGGAGAUCAACGAACAAUGUCUGCUGAGGAACAUUACGGGAAAGAGACAUAUGAGAGAUCUGUUUCUGGAGUACAGUCAACAACAAUGAUGCCUUCAGACCAUACAGCAAUAGUUAGUGGUGCUCCCCAGUUUGUGGAGGAACAACGGACAGAUGUAAAGACAUCUGUGAUUCAGAACAACAGAUCAGAAUAUCCAGACAUUCGUAGGUCAAAUGAACAGUUGAAAAUCAAUAACGAUGGGUCUUUUGUAAGAAAAGACAGACCAAAUAAUGAUGGGCCUUUUGAAAGAAAUGAUAAAGCAAUGAAUGAUGAAACUUUUGGAAGAGAUCAUGAUCACAAACCAUGUUCAUCACCAUCAAGAAGUGAUAUUUCCCCAAAAUGUCAUAGUUGUAAGGCUGUUGAAGCUACUUCUAAUGCACCAGGCAUGGUGUCAUGUGUUUCCUGCAGUAGGACAGUUUCCCAUUCCACUUACGAUAAAGCUGGACUUUCAACACAUCUUCAUCUUAGUCCUAGUGGUCAAGGAAUGUCUUCUGGAGAUGAGAAUCAUGCUGUGUCUGCUACAGACUGUGGUGAUCAGAUUCCCAGAUAUCCUCAAACAGAGACAGACCAUAUGCAUCAUUUACUUCAUCAGAGCACCAACAACCGUUUGGCAGUUUGUCAGGAGAAAGAUCAGAUGUGUAAGAAUAAUGCAGCUAGACACCACAGACUGUCAGAUGCACAUCCAGGUGGUUCUUCUGCCCUGUCAGUGUAUUGGAAUAAUGUACAACCCCAGUGUCAUACACCUUGGUCAUCGAGUCCAUAUAGAGAUGUUCAGAAUAAUGUACAAACCCAGUGUCAUACACCACGGUCAUCGAGUCCAUAUGGAGAUGUUCAGAAUAAUGUACAACCCCAGUGUCAUACACCUCGGUCAUCGAGACCAUAUGGAGAUGUUCAGAAUAAUGUACAAUCCCAGUCCCAUGCAUCUCGGUCGUCGAGACCAUAUGGAGAUGGUCAUCAGCCUGGCACUUGUGAAAGCAGGCACAGUUUCCUGUCUCCUCAAGCAUCAUCCACUCCAUAUUGUCGGUAUUUUCCUCGACAAAGACUGCCUGAUGAUGUUAGUCAUCCUCGUUUCCAUGUUGAAGAGCCUGAUAUGUUGACAGAAUCUUUCAGCCCAGUGUACAACAGAGCAUCUGCUACAAGACUUUCCCAACCACUUUCUAGUAAAAGUCUUCCAUAUGCACCUAAUGAUCUUGACAGUGAUUACAGUGACUAUUUUCCUUUACCAAAGAGCACAUCUUACCAAUCAAAGCGAGUGAACAGAGAAGGGAACAUACCAGACCAGGUAUGUAGUCCACUAAGGCAGAAUCGUUCCUUUUCCCAAUCUGGGAAUACAGAUCAGUAUCUUUCAGAGACCCUUCCACAAGAUCGAAUGAUAGCCACUAAUGAAAGAACUUACUUGGCUAAUCAGAACUCCUCAACUAGGCAAAAUCACCCGAGACUGAAUGGACAAAAUCCAUAUGAGCAGAAACAGUAUGUGAGAUCUAGAGGUGUGACAGCAGCUGACCCAGAUUAUGAACAAUACUGGAGAGAGAGAUAUCCUCAGUUUGAAAGAUGGCCUUUGGGAGGGGAAAGUAACCAGUCAGCAAGACUCUUACAGAAUUCAUCCAGGGAUUUGCACAAUAUUUCUCCAUUUCACUGUGGAUCCAAGAUGGAUGAAAGGUUUGCUCCAAGGACGUGGCAGUCUGUAGAUUCUCUGGAUGAUCAUAUAACAUUUUCCACAAGACCCAGGACACAUGGAGAUCAAAUGAAUUUAUCUUCGAAGAGGAAUGGAAUUGUAAGUGAUUUUGAUUCUGACGGUGAAGUGUCUGGGAGUCUCUGGGCAGGAGGACGUGAUUUCUCUGACAGCUUACAGCUUUCAGUAGAUGAGGAUGGAAUAAUGUGGGGAGAUGUCAGUGAUGACUUGUACGGCCUCAGCCCACCGGAAAGUGAGAUGGUCGCAGAUGUGGGUUCCUCACUCCAGUCUGGUUCAACACCUCUUCAUCGAGGUGCUUCAGGUGAUGACUGGCCCAGUGCUGAUGUGGACCAUCUGAUGAGGACAACGAGAAGGUCGUCAGACACUGGCAGCUGGCCAUUUCUAGAUGAAGUCAGGGAAGAGGAUGAAGAUUCAGCUCUGCCACGAGCCAGACAGAAGGUGAAGGAUGAAGAGUCAGUGAGAGACAAACUGAUGAAGUUUCUUGAUGAUCACUCUACAGCUGCGGCCGAUGGUAAGAGGAAAGGGAUGCCUCACAGAGAAGAAACGUCAUACCUGAACAGCAGGUACAACAACCACAGACCUGACCUCAGGAAAAUGGAAAACGAAAAGCCGUGUUCGAAGAGUGAGACAACAACUAGUGAUUUGUCUAAGGCAGGCAGACAGCAGCACAUGAAGGUCAGUUCAGUAGUAAAUCCUGUUGUUAAGGUAUCUGCUGAAACUAUGGAUGCCCAGACCACAGCUUCCAAACUCGCAUCAGAAUAUGGACAGAUUUAUACUACAGAUCCAAAGACCUCAUCUGAGCCGUCAUCCAGUAGUUAUACCCCUGUGAAGAACUCUUCACAACAGAGGAAAGGAAAUGUUGUUCAUAGCUACUCUGUUACUGAUGACUCUUCUGUUGUUGAGAAAUAUGGAGGCCGAGAGAAGAGUGUGGCAGGGCUGAAUAAUGUGAAGACUUCUGAUGAUAAAACAUCUUCAGGUGCUGAUACAAACUCUUUAAGAAGAGGGACCUAUCCAGGUCUAAUUACUGGGAACGAACAACAUAUGAGAUUAACUGAGACACCAGUAGGUUUUGACACAGGAACAAAUAACCAAAGACUCAUGAAAAAUUCUGAUAAGUCUGAUAUCAAAGCAUUGGAAACCAGUAAUGUUAUUCAGAUAGAUGUACCACAGAUAUGUAAUAGAGAAAAGUAUAAUGUUGCUUUGUCUGAAAAAGAUGAUUUUCCUGUUCCAGAAAACAAAGCUUCCUCAAAUCCAAUGAUUAGAAGUUCAGUUUCAGAUCCUGAUCCUGAUGUGUUGAAGACCAAUGAAAAUCAACUCAAAGAAAUACGAAAGACUGGAGGCGAAGAUCUUUCACGUGUGUCGGAAGUCAUAGAUCAGAAAGUGCCAGGUGAUACAUCUAAUAAUGAGAACAUGAUUAGUAAAUCUGAUGAUGAUCCUCUCUUUACAAAUACAGCCCAAAUAUCAAAAUGUGAUGAUGCCAGUGUUCAAGAAGCAUUAGUUUAUUCAACAACACAGUGUGAAAUGGUCCACGAACCAGCUGAGUCAGCAGACCAGAAACCAGCCUCUGAAAAUAUUGAUCAUCAUGGGAUUGCUCCGUUAACACCAGCACAACGAGGAGACAACACCCAAGCUAGCACUGUAGUGUCUUCUGAUGAUGACACAUCUGGACAGGUCAAUAAAGAAGAGUCCACAGAUCUGGAGUCAGAUCUGGAGAGUGUUUCAUCUCCGUACAAGCUACAGAAUGUCAAUGGUAAGUCUCGAAGGAUUAAGAAAGAAGAAUCUACCGAUUUCGAUAUUGAAUCGGAUCUAGAGAAAGUCAUGACUCACAAGCUUGCAGCACGGGGAACGUUGAGUGUGAGAAACAAAAGUAGAAGAAAGAAAGAGAUAGCUCUGAAGCAUCUGCACCAAAGGAAGACAUCUGCUGGCAACCUGAAGAUUCCUCCCAGUACAGGGGAUGAAAGCAGUGAGUGUUUGACGGACACGUCCAAGUCGAGCCGGGUGCAGGAGGAAGCAAGAUGGCGGCGUGUUGCACUGUUUUCUGUUUUUAAAUUCCUCGACACGAAGACUCUCAGUCAGGUGGCCGGGGUGAAUCGUGAGUGGAAGAAAGUGUCACGACAUCCAUCACUAUGGAAACGGGUCGAGCUGAAGAGUGACAGAAUCUCAUCCCUGUAUCUGUCCACGAUCUCACAGUGGUGUACUCAGUUAGAGUCGCUCACUCUAGAAGGUUUACAAGGUCGACGUAGAUGUCCAGAUGAAAGUGAUGAAGACUACCGCAGAAAAACAAAAGGCUGUCUCGAGCCCGGGAUGGAGGACCUACUAAAGGUGUGUCAGGACUCACUGACGUCGCUGCACAUCAUUGACUGUGGAAAUCUGCUCACGGACAAAUCUCUGUGGCUCACCAGCUGUUACAGCUGUAUCUCUGUGGCUCACGAGCUGUUACAGCUGUCUAAAUGUUUAUUUCAGAUCUCUGUGGCUCGCCAGCUGUUACAGCUGUAUAAAUGUUUAUUUCAGAUCUCUGUGGCUCGCCAGCUGUUACAGCUGUAUAAAUGUUUAUUUCAGAUCUCUGUGGCUCGCCAGCUGUUACAGCUGUAUAAAUGUUUAUUUGAGAUCUCUGUGGCUCGCCAGCUGUUACAGCUGUAUAAAUGUUUAUUUGAGAUCUCUGUGGCUCGCCAGCUGUUACAGCUGUAUAAAUGUUUAUUUCAGAUCUCUGUGGCUCGCAGCGGUCACUCACUCUGGGUUAUAGCCUAG